UGCCGACUUAACGACUGUUUACAACUAUGGCGGACUUAUACGACGAAAACGAUCUCGGAAUUGCUUAUUACAGAACUAAAGAUCAACUCAGAAAUUUUAAAUUGCGCGUGUGCCUGAAGCGGAUAACCUCAAAUUCCUUCUUCCACAGCGGAGAUGAAGAUGACCUGGACAACGAAAGAUCCAACAGGGUCCUUGCCAGCAGAGACAUUGAGUACAAAAUAUUCCAUUGGCAAGAGAAAGUCUUUUCUCAAAGAGAAAUUAUGUUCUACUCCCAGAAAGAUUAUUGUGAAGGUAUCUUGUCUGAGAAAUACCAUGAAAGUGUUUGCAAAUUGUUGAAAGAAGGUGCACCACGAAGGAGGUUAUUCACCUACGUCAACAAUGACAAAUUUUUGCCUCCGCAGAUCACCGAGGCCUGUACCACUUCGCAGAAGGAGCAAUUCACGUCGUUGGCAAAACAAGUGAUUGCUUUACGGGAGAGAAACAAAGUCAGGAGGAGAGUCAAGUAA